AUGGCUGAAAAUGCUGAUCAUUCAGUCAGUGAUUCUGCUCUUCGGCCAUUGAUUACUGGUUUAUCACCCAAAGAAGGAGUUCCGGGAACACAAAUUAAAAUUCGUGGCGAAAAUCUUGGGAGGAACCAAUCAGAUCUGGUUGCUCUCUCCAUUUGUGGAACUGACUGCUUAAUGUCAGCAAAGUGGAAAUCAUCUUCUCUGAUUAUAGCACGUAUUGGGCAAGCAAAGCGUGGUGUUGGAGAAGUAGUCCUUUUAACAAAGUCGAUGGGAAAAAGUACCUCAAAUGUCACAUUUCGUGUUUUCAUCGUGCAAGUUGGUCCAUUGGAAGAAAGUGCUGUUUGGGUAGAUGAAACAAGAACUGUUCCUGGCCGUGAAGCUGUCCGUAAUGUUCCCGAAACAACAGCUAUUGUGGAUGCGUUAGGAUUGACGAUUGAAUCGCAUAAGAAAAUGGAUCAAACAUCUUUAAUGCAAAUGUUCCCGGAAGGUUCAGGCAAUCUUCGGAUGGAAAAUUUCAAUCCAGCCUGGUACUUGCUUGAAAAUCAUCGUGAAACAAAACUUGUUAAUCUCAGAAAAGGAUUGAUGUAUUUAACUCAAAGUACUAAGGAAAGCGAAAAAAGUAGUUCCGAUUUGCAUCGUGCUAAUCUGUACUCACUAAUUAAUUGCGUUGAUACACUGGCAACACUUUACGAUAAAAUGCAGCUGGAGAGGAAUGUUUGCGGUUGGCCGCUCACAAAAAAUAUUUCUGAGAAGCUAACUGAAUCACACACAGCAGCAAAUGCAGUAUUCUAUGAUGUUUUAACACGGAAGGAUCGAGCUGAUGCUACACGAAAUGCCUUAUCAAUACUUACUCGUUUUCGAUUUAUUUUCUUCCUCUCUAGUUCUAUUGAUCAAAAUUUAGCAAAGGGCGAAUAUUCAACUAUUCUGAAUGAUUAUGCCCGCGCAAAAUCACUCUUUAAAGAUACUGAGGUGUCAUUAUUUAAGGAGGUGAUGACUGAAUUGGAUCAGAAAAUGGAAAUAUUUAAAAGAAAUAUGAAGCAGCGUUUGAUCGAUAUGCCUACUUCAUUUGAAGAUCAAAGUAAACUCAUCAAAUAUCUAAAAAUUCUCGAACCGAAUUCUGACCCAGCAUGGGACUGCAUUACAGCAUAUCACUGUUGGUUAGAAGAUCUUCUGUGGCAAACGCAAAGAAAGCAUCUGAAGUUAGCAUUGGACCAAGUCAAGAGUAGGAGAGAAUCGUCGGGCAUAUUUUCAUUAAUUGAAGAAAACUUCCAUAAUCUUCACGAUUUCGUCCAAGAAAUGGUAGAUCUUAUCACCGACAAAUUACAAAUAUUCUGGAAGCUUUCUCAGAUAUACUCUUCAUCAGUUACAAAUCUAACCUCGGUGGAUCGCAUAUGUGACAUUAAUCAAAUGCUCAUAAAUACAGUCAAUGUUUCAUCAUGGCUGAUAUUGAAUGCGUUAGUGCCUGACGCUUUACCUGAAUCUGUUUUGCGAAAAUAUAGCGAGCAGUUCGCGAAAUGGCCUAUCGCAUCUUCUCUCACACACCAGUUAUUUUCAUCAUUAAAAAUUUUGAGAUCAUGCGUAAGUUUCCUGUUGGAUUGCAAUUUUACUUCGGAGCAACUACAGCCACUUUUGGAGCUUUGUGUUACUAUUCGAUUAAAAUGCUUAUCAAAAGUUAUUGAAAGAGUUACUCAGGGAGUAAUUAGCUUAGGGAAUGGAGAAAUCUGGAAAUUAGAGCAUGCGGGUUUGUUGAAAACUAUUUUACCAGAUCUUUAUGAAACUGAGGUGAAUGUUAGUAUGGGACAAAUUCGGCAAAUACUUUCAUCUUCAAAUUAUGCGGGUGAAUUGGACUUGUUCAGUAGGGAACGAUUUCGUUUUAUGUUGAUUGAUUUAUUUACGAUGAUUCUCACAUCAGUUCGCGAUUGUAUAGAGAAUGUUCUACAAUUAAGAAAUUGUGUAAAGCGUCCAUCAGCUUUAUUCAAUGAAGGGACAGCUAGCAGCCGAAAAUUGCUUAUUGCCGUAUGUAACAUUGAAUAUAUACUCAGUAAUUCUUUGCCUACAUUGUGUCGUCGCUUAGCUGAGAAUGGUGUCAAGUAUGGCGACCUCAUAUUUGAAAAAAGCAAAGGGCAGUUAUUAGCGUUUCGACAGAACUUGAUGAAGUAUUACUUGCAAAUAAAAUGUGCUACGUUUAGUUCCAUGUUUGGAUCGGCUAAUUAUGAUCUCCUACCAAAUGAGGAGGCAUCUGAUUAUAUCAAAGAACUCGUCAUGUAUCUAAUAUUCAUCCAGUCUGAAAUAUGCUUACUUGCCCCGCAUGUCAUGCGCGAGGUGCUUGGUCCAAUAAUACAAAAUGCAUUUGACCAACUAAUUGAUCGUCUCAAUCAUUUACAAAAUAUGUCGUUGGAGCAAACCACACAAGUUGUUAUUGAUGUUACAGCGUUAGAAGAAACUGUACAAAAUUUCCUGUUAUUGGAAACAAGGGCUGUUGUGAAUUCUUUUCGAGCAAAACUUGUCCAUAAUUUGGAUCAGUCGCUUUUUAAGCGAAGUCUCCAUAAUUUCCGCGCUGCAAUGCGAAUGGCAAUUGUAAGUUUGAAUUACGACCACAUAGACGCAAAUGACUCAUCUGAUAUAUGA